GCGCAAUUUUCCAACGCCAACUACAAUUUGUUGCAAUUCUAUCAACUCCAGUGUUGUACCUUGUCGUACUUUGGGCAAAAGUUUAAAAUAAAUAUAUUUGUUUUUUAUUAAAACAAUAAUACAAUCGGCUGGCAGUGGUCUUUUCGGCACAUCCAAUCGUCCCGCGUCGAUUACCACAUGUAGUUAAACACUUAUACAAGCGUGCAAAUUUAUUUCCACAACACAGCAACACUGCCUGGAAAGUGGAGGCAACUCUGAACAUAGUGUAGAAAAAAUACUAGCAGCAAAGAAAAAAUUUUUUCACACACUACGGACUGAAUUGAUUUUUGUCUGCGAUUAACUCUGGUGGAAAAAAUCUUAUAAUGGCAAAGAGUCUGUAAAAAGGGGACGGAAUAAAAAGUGAUAUAUGCUUUUCAAAAGAGUGUGGAGAACAAAAUCUUUCGAUAAGAUCAGAAGACGUGUCUUUCAGCAAGUCAAAAGUAAUCAUCAAGCAUAAAUAACAGCACAGUUUAGUCAACAUAUUUGCGAGUAGGAAUAAGUUUAUCCUCCAGUGAAGUGGACUGCGCUAAGCGAGAGGCUUAAUUGUUUUGCAAGACCUAAAGCAACGAUAACGAACAGAAGAAAACGGGUCUUACUUGAUUAUCAGUCAAUACAAUAAAUAAUUGUUUAAUGAACUAUAAAGUUAUUCAACCAAAAAGUAUAUUUGCCUUUUAACAACUUUGGUACAACUAAUAAUUAACAUUUUGGCAAUUCUUGAAACGCUUUUCAUCAAAGGCUAUAAAGGCGAAGUUAAAUUAAAGAAGUACAAACAUCUACCGAAAACUAGUAAAAGUUCUCCGCAUAAUAUAAAAACACAGAAUAUUUUGGCGUUCGACUAAUUGUUGCUAAACUUCAUCAUCUCUUUAACAUCAAAGAUUUGUAACUUCAACUCAAAUACUAGGCGGCGUCAUCUUUGUUCCAAAUCACGAUCAAGACCAGCACUAAACUCAGUUUAGACAUACAAAAAUAAAACGUCUACGAUCUCUUGUACCUAUCUGAUUGAAUUAUUCUGUGUCACGUUUUAAAGAGGCUUCAUAUAUGGCAACUAUAGAGGAUUUUGUGCCACAUAUCUUAAAAAGCACCACCGUCACUCCCAAUCCUUCGUCUGUGGCACCAAUCAUUGCCAACACCGCCGACGCUAAUAACUGCACUUUUACCUCUGUCUUGGAAUCGUCUUCUAUAACGGCUGUUGCUAAAGCGUUGGAGGCAUCAAGCUUUAUCACCUCCUCUUCUAGUGCUUCCACUGUGGAUUCUAUCGUUGACAAACUUGUCAAUUCGUUGGAUUUGAACGACUCUUUAAUAUCCAACAGUUGUAACCCAAUAGCAAAGGAUUUGAAGAGCAUUUCGUCCCGUUCGUCCUCAGUUGCCGGCAGCUUGUCGUUAGGCGGGCUGGGCGGUGGCAAUAUGUUUAGUGAGGUCUUCGAAAGUAACGUGGGCUCUGAGCUGGAAUCGGGCUCGUUAGAGGACUCGUCAGGCUCCUUAGGUGACGGCGAUGUCGACAAGAAUUGUAAGAUUUGCAGUUCCCGUUUGCAAUCACCUCGUGUUCUCUCUUGCCUUCAUGUCUUUUGCGAGUCUUGCCUGAACAAGUUGUUGAAUGAAGACUCGUCGGGAGGAAACCUUUCAUCAUCAUCUUCGACAUCUUCGGUUGGGGGCGAUCUUGUACCACUUCAUAACUGUUCUGGAAAAUCGCAAAUUAGAUGUCCAAUAUGCAAGCAGAUAACUAUGGUUGGACCUAAUGGCGUGCAAUCUUUGACAUGUGAUUACAUACUUACCAAUAUUUUGGACUUGGCCACUAUUGAGUCGGAACAAUUGUAUUGUACUUCUUGUAAGAGCAAGGAGAAUGCAAUUUCCCGUUGCAAUGAUUGUGCCAAUUUCUUGUGCAGUGGUUGUGACAACGCUCACAAAUAUAUGCGUUGUUUUGAAAACCACGAAGUUGUCAAGUUGGAGGACUUGCAAAAGACUUCGGACGGCGACAAACCAUUGAUUAUACACAAACCCUUGUACUGCAAUGUACAUACAUCGGAGAAUCUCAAGUAUUAUUGCUUUAAUUGUCAAAUACCGGUAUGCAAUGACUGUUUGAUUGCCGACCACAAAGGCAGCGAGCAUCACUAUGAUAUUAUUGCGUUGGCUGAGAAAUCGGUGCGCGGUGAUGUUGAGAACCUAAUAAAGGAGGCCAAAUCAAAGGUGCAAUAUUGCGAUGACGCAGACGCAAAUUUAUGUAGCGCUCUCAAUGAGCUACAAUCUCAACAUGAUUCGGCACGCGACCUCAUCCAAGAAACUUAUGAGAAUUACAAGAAAAUCAUUGAGAAAUGUCGCGACCAAGCUUUGGUGGAACUGAAAAAACUGCAUUCCGAACGAGUUUUGAAGAUAAUGGAUUUAAUGCAGAAUAUACAGAAUACUAUGGGCAAGAUUGACAACACUUGUAAAUUUACCAACCGCGUUCUGGAGCAAGCAAAUGCAGCAGAAUUUCUGUCGAUGAAAAAACUAAUUGCAACUCAAUUUAUCAAUAUGAUUAAUACAACUCCAAAAUGCGAUAUAAAUUAUUCCUUGACAUUCGAUACUAAACCGGAAAAGUUUGAACAACUAGCUCAAGAAACGUUUGGCAAAUUUCGUACCGAGUCGACACCCCCAUCGCCAAAGGAAAGCACACCUCCACCUACCUUACCUGGUAUGCCACCGAACAUGAUGAAUGGUCGUGUUGGUAGUGGUGGAAACGGUAGCAUGAAUUGCUCCAACAGCUCACAGAGUCAGUUGACAAGCUCCGUUACAGCUAGCAGCCCCAUUUCUUUGCCGACUUCCAUGCAAAGUUCAUUUGAUGGCGAUAUCUAUGCCAAUGCCUUGGGCAAUGGUUUUAUGAUGUCCAAUGUACUUACACCAGACUCUCCACCACAAGGUCAAUCCGCAUUAUCUCAUCAUCAUCAUCAACUGCAACACCAGAAUAGCACUUCCUCUCACCACAGCAGUGUUAAUGGGUUUAAUAGUAUGGGAUCCAUUGGGCCUGGUAAUGGAAAUAGUCUAAACAACAAUUUAGCUAAUUCCUCACCCGGCUUCAAUGGAUCUCUUGGCAACAGUCAGUUGGGCGCAGGACCAGGAGCUUCGCUGAUCGGCCCUCAAGGACUCAACGGCUUAAAUAACACUGUUCCUUCAAACGGACUAAGUGCUCUAAACAAUCCUCUCAACAAUAGUCUUUCAGCUGCUGUUGGUGGUCCUUUGGGUGGAAAUACUGGAGUCGCCGCAGUCCCACCACCAGGGGGUUACAACAGUAUUCUCGAAUACAAUUUAUCACGUCUUGCCAGCCUCACUGAAAAUACGCCGGAUUCUCUAACGGAUGCCCUGGUUGGCUCUCCAAGUGGACCUACUGCCCAAUCAGUAGUGCCAGCAGCUAAUGCACAGAAUCAACCAAUUACCCUAGCCGAUAUUCUCUCUGGCGAUCAGCGCGCUUUCAAUAAUUUGCAAGCUCUUGCGAAACUGGGCUUAAAUAACAACGUAGAUUUUCACACAGACAUGACAAGCAAUCAGCUAUUAACGAGUGGACCCUCACCAACUGGAUUUGAUUGUUUAUUACCAGAUUACUGCCUACCCACAGCACCGUCGCCAAGUUUGCCAAAUUUGCCUCCAUUGUGUCCAGGCGCUGGGGCUGGUGGUUCCGUCGAUGAUAUGAGCAUAACUAGCUUCCAUGCCCCGCAACAACCUCAACCAACGGCUACAAGUAUAAUAACGGGUCGCAACAAGGCAACCCCAAUGCAGAUACGUUGCAAGUUUGGCUCAUUGGGAACGUCCAAAGGACAAUUUAAUUCUCCACACGGUUUUUGCUUGGGCGUUGAUGAGGAAAUUAUUGUAGCCGAUACCAACAAUCAUCGCAUCGAGAUCUUUGAUAAAUCUGGCAAUUUGAAGUUUUACUUCGGAGUGCCCGGUAAAGAGGAGGGGCAGUUAUGGUAUCCCCGAAAAGUUGCUGUUAUGCAUACUAACGGCAAAUUUGUGGUGUGCGACCGUGGCAAUGAGCGAUCUCGGAUGCAGAUAUUUUCGAAAAGUGGUCAUUUCAUGAGGAAAAUUGCCAUAAGAUACAUCGAUAUUGUUGCCGGUCUGGCCGUCACUUCUAAAGGCCACAUUGUCGCCGUUGACAGUGUUUCCCCCACGGUGUUCGUAAUUUCGGAGGAUGGAGAAUUGGUACGCUGGUUUGAUUGUAGCGAUUAUAUGCGCGAACCUUCAGAUAUCGCAAUCAGAGACAAUGACUUUUACGUGUGUGACUUCAAGGGCCAUUGUGUUGCGGUCUUCCAUGAAGAUGGUACAUUCCAGUAUCGUAUAGGCAAUGAAAAAGUUACCUGUUUUCCGAACGGAAUUGAUAUUUCUAAUGCUGGCGAUAUUUUGAUUGGCGAUUCUCAUGGAAAUCGAUUCCAUGUUGCUUGUUAUUCACGUGAUGGUGUUCUUCAGUCAGAAUUCGAGUGUCCACAUGUUAAGGUAUCACGUUGCUGUGGCCUAAAAAUAACUUCUGAAGGAUAUGUUGUGACACUCGCUAAAAAUAAUCAUCAUGUUUUGGUGCUUAACACCCUGUACGUUCAGUGAUUGCAAAAAAAGAAAACUCUCAAUACGAGAUCUGAUUUGUUAAACUUUGGAAAAACUGCAACUGUAAGUAGACCACACCAGCAGCAUCAACAUCAAAAUCCGCAGUCGCAGUCGCAGUCGCAGACGCAACCACAACAUCAUCAUCAUCAACAGCAACAGCAGUUGCGUUCCGUUUUUCCUACAAUGCAUGGCAAUCAUGGCAUUAGUAACACAUCAUCAGCGGUCACAGUCCCAACGGAUCCGAAAGUACCAACAACAGCAGCAUCAGUAUCAACAAACGCAGCACUAAAUUUCAAUAUGCCUUUAAUUAGCAAGCAUCAGCUUUAUAAAAUUAAUACUGAAAAUAGUGAUAAUGGUGAACAAAAAAAAUUACAACUUAUAGAUUAUGAUGAAAUUUAAGGCAAUAAUAUUUUUGUAUUAUUUUCAUUUUCAUGAAAACCAACAAAGAAAGAAUAACUAAAACAAAAUUACACCCACAUAAAAAUAUUUAAUGAUAAAACAACGCCUCCAAAGAUACGACGAAAUUCUGAAUUUACGCCGCCAAAAGCCAAAAAGAAUCGUAAAAUCAAUAUAAUUUAUUUUUUUUACACCUCUUCGUACCACUUACUACUACUAUUACUACUACUUCUAAUAUUUUAUUAUAAAUUAUUAUAUUCUACAUCGUUUUACACUUUACAAUUUUUAAUGUAGUUAAACAAACAAACAACAAACAAACAAAUUAAAACAAAACAAAAGGCCGUUUUUAUAUACAAAACAAAUAUUUUAGCUUAUAUGAGAGAUUUUUUAAAUAUAUAUGUAAUAUUUUAAAUAGUUUCCUUCCUUUUUCUACAACACUUAAGAGACUUUCUAAUGAGGAGGAGUGAAAAGGCUAAUUUUUCUAGAGUAUACAUAAAGAUUUAUUUUUGUAUACAUAGAAAAUUGCCCUUUUGAACAUGAAAAACAUGAAUUUAUAACUCCCAAUGAAUUAAUGAAGGAAAACAUGUCUGAUUUAAAAAAAGUUGAUUCUUUUCGAAACAAAUCUCAAAUCCACAUACAUACAAAUAUAAUAUUUUGAUCUCUUUCUAUUCAAUUUUAUGUUUUUUAAUUGCCAAAAACCAAACAUGAAUCAUAAUUACAAUGUAGAAAAAUGAAUGAAAUUUUGAAAAGUAAAUAACAUAUUUUUAUUUCACCUUUGCAAAAUAAAAAAAAAAAAAAAACAAAACGGAAAUAGAAAACAAGUUGCAAUGGUUUACAAAAAAAAAAACUAAUCACAAUUUAUACAAAAGAACUAUUACAACCAUAACAACUUAAAUGAAUAUUGUUACAUAAAUUACAUUAUUUUUAUUAUUUUUGUUACGUUUUCUUUUUAUUUUAAAUCAACUACAAAACAAUAAAAUGUAUUUACAAAACGUCGAUGGGAGCAUAAGUAUAUAAGGCAUACUUUUGUUUCCAUUGAAAUUGUAUUUCACGUUUUUAUUUACAAACAAAACAAAAAGAAAAGAAAAAACAUAUUCCUUUUUACAUACAAUUAAAUUAAUUUCCCCACGUUAUUUUUUUUUAAUAAGGCUGGUUUUCCAAGACAUUAUUUUACAUAAUUUACUCAAUCACCUUUGUGUGUUAUAUAUAUAUAUCUAUAAAUAUAUUUUUUUUUAAUAACAUUGUUAACUCUUUUAAAUUAUUAAUUAAUUACAUAUACAAACUAUUUACAUUUACAAGAACAAAAACAAAUAUGUUUUAGUAUAUAUGUUAUAUUAAAUACACUGUAACACGAAACAAAUUUUAAACUUGAAACAAAAGAAAAAUAAUCCUAUAAUUUUUAUUAUAAAAUGUUUAAUUUAAUUUUGAUUUAACUUUGUGUUUCAAAUACUUUCUUGUCAUUUUUUGUAUUUAAUUUUAUUUUACUUUUUAUAUUUAUUUUUUUGUUUUCUUUUUUAUUAGAGAGAAAAAAUAUAUGAUUUUCAAAUGUAUUUUUUAUAUAUUGUUUUCAAGAUUUCUAGCUGUUCUUAUGUAAAACAUAAAAGUUAAAAAACGAAGAAAGAUAACAAAAAAGAUUGGAAUAAGAAAAAAAAAACAAAAAAAAAAAAAGAAAAAGAAAUUAUCAUAUAUUGUGCGUGAGGCUGUAGUUUUAAUUGAAAAAAAAAAAAAAAAAACAAUACCAAUCAUACCUUUAUACUACUAUAUAAGCAUUAACAACGAUUACAAGAAUUACCCAAAAGCAAUCCUUUAUAAAAAUACAUAUUUAAUUUUAAGUAGUACCAAAUGUAGAGUUUCUCUUCGAAAACACUCACACAUCAGACUUAUUCAAAUUUCAAACCGUCAUUGACAAAAACCAAACUGUAUAAGAUAUUUUUGUAAACAUAUUUUUUAAGUAUACACACAUAUGUAUUUUGUUGUCGUUUUUCAGUGCAAAAACAGUCCCACAAGAAAGUGUUUAGUCUCUCUCCGCAAAAGGCAAUUUGAAUACACAUACAUAUGUAAUGUUUGGCUGUUUAGAGGAUUUAGCGUUCUUUUAUAACUUUAUUUUCUUAAUGUAACAUCGUUUUUCGUUCGUUCGUUUUUUUUUCUCUUUUAUUUUUUGAUCGAAAGUCCGGAUGAGCCUGUGUGCUCUCGUCCCGAUUUCCGCUAAUUUCGUCUUGUUUGUGUUUUCCUUAAGAGCAUUUUUCUAGCUAUAAUAACACAUUUAUUGUAUACAAAAAUUGAAUUGAUGCAAUUUUUUUGUCGAGUUUAAUUAGAAAGUAUAUACAUACAAUACGUUUUACAUGCUCAUUAUUUUAUAAACAAAUAUUUUUUUGUUUUAAAGUAACGAAAUAUAUUGCAAAAAAAAAAAGAUAAUACCCACAAAAAAAAAAUUAAAAAAAAAAAACAAAUGUAAUUCCAUAAGCUUUUACUUUUUAUUGAAAUAUUUUUUGUUGUAAGUUUUUUAAAUCUAUUUACAAGGUUUUGUUAAACAAAACUUAAAAAGUCUACAAAAGAUUAUUUUUCUUUUUUUUUAAUUAAAGUUUUUUUUUUUAAUUAUUAUUACUUUUAUACACACACAGACAUAUGUAGGCAUAGUAGGUGUUACAACAUGUUGUGGAACUAGUUAUAGGGCUAUGUUUCCUGCAUCAUAGAGGUUUUACAACUGAUUGCCAACACAUCCCCAUUUCAACGCAUAUACAAACAACUGACAUUUGAUAUUAUUAAUAGAGUGUUUUAGAUUAGAAAAUGAAUUUAUGUUGUAUUUUUUCUUGUUAUAGUUUAUUUCCAAUAAUCCGCUUAAAUUAAUGAUAUUAAAAAAAGAAUAUAAUUGUUUAAGUCAGUUAUUUUAUUUUUUUUUUGUAUUUGUAACUAAGACGCCCUCUUAGCGUUUUCCUUACAUUUUAACUUUAAGUCAAGACGUACAGUAGUGCAGAAAGACUAAAUACAUUUUCGCUAUAUUAUAAUUGUUUAAAAAAAAACACGCAGGUUGUAUUAAAUUAAAACCAAAUGCAUUUUACGAAGUACUCCAAUAUUUUUUAUUAUUAUUUUAUAAGUAUUUGUUUACAAUAUUUUAGUAGAGAAAACCUUCAAAUUGCCUUUUUUAGACUUUUGUUUUCAAAAAUAUGUCGUCUACCAAAUUAUUUUUAUUGGCCAUAUAAAUGUUUUAUAACAACUAUGUAUUUUUAUACAUACACUCCAUUAAUACAUGAUAUGAUGCAACACUAGUCAUAUACAUAUGUCUAUUAACAUGUGUAUAUUUUUAAACUAUAUAAUUUUAUUGACCCACUACUAUUGUUUACCUCUAUCUUUUUAUUAAUAAAUCUACACUACUGUACGCUUCUGUUUUACACGCUUAAAAAAUUAACUAGAUAAAGAUAGAGAGAGAAAGAGAGAAUAUGUUGUUAUUGUUAACGUUUUCCACCUUCUUUUAUGUUUCUUAUUUAAUUUAAUUUUAUUUUAAUUUUAUUUCUUUAGUUUUUUUUUUUAUUAUUAUUAUCUUCGAAUUAUUAAUUCAAAGCAUUAUUUUUAAUUAUUAUUUUUGUGAUUUUUAAACUAUACACCUAUAAAUUUUCAAUAAAACUUAAUUAAAGCGUUUUUAUCUAUAUAUUUAUAUGUGUAUGUAUAUGGUUUUUGAAAGUGAAAAAGAAAAAAAAACUGCACAGAAAUCAACUACUAAAAAUAUUUCAGCAAUAAUAUAGAAAAAUAUUUCAGCAACGUUAUUCCGGUUCCGGUAAAAUGCACGAUGCGAUUCAAAAACGGUUUGAACAACUAAAAAAUAGUAUAAUUCAAAAUCUACUUGGUGGUGAAAAAGAAAUAUUUUUAUUGCAUUCGCACUUUUCCGAUUUCGUACUUUCAAAAUGGAAAUCGCAUUGUUUUUGUUUUUUCACGUGGAGUAUUUGGGUACACAAAUAUUUUUAGUUCGACGGCAAAUGAAUUGAAGACGUUCAACUGAAGUAUGUUAAUUUUGUUCAUAAUUUGGUUUGUUUAUCCCUUUACACGAAUAAGCAAAUCAACAAUCUCGGUACAAUAACAUGAAUGGUAGUGAUUCUGUUUUUUUUUAAUUUUCUUUUUAAUAAAAAUAGGGCUCAAUUUGUAAAACGAUAAAGUAAUUUCAACACGUACACACACAUAUAAAGGUAAUACUAAUCUCCCCUUGACUUGCUUAUGAAGAAAUGUGAGGUUAGAAAAGUAUAUGUAUUUCACGAAUCCAAAGUUUUUUUAUGUUGUAUUGUAUUUAACAUAUUUUAAAUUAAUAUAAAUAAAUUUACCUACAUUUUACAUAUAUAUUUAUGUAUAAAACAAAUAUAUACAUAUAUGUAUGAGAAAUAUACAUAUGUUUAUAAACGACCUUUAAAUGUACAUCAUGUAUAUGGGUAAAACAAAAUGAAAUAACAAUCUAGUAUAUGUCAAUUUUUGAUGAUAUUUUACGCCUUAUGAAAAUUAUUAAAACAUAUAUAUUAAAUAAAAUAAAAAAACAAAAGAUAAACAAACAAACCAAAUUCCCCCCAAUAUUUGCAAUAACGUUUUAGGAACACUUAUACAAAUCCAGUUAUAAACCAUUAAUGUAAUAUUAGUAAUGAUUAAGAAUGAUUUAAGCUAAACACUUUUAUUUUUUAUAUUCAGCUAAAAAUUGAACAUGAAACGAAAUAUGAAAAUCAAAAACAACAUUGGUAAAUGCAUUCACAACAAGAACCAUAAAGGAUAAUAUAUAUAUAUGUAUGAGUGAUGAAUUUUCAAUUAAUAAAUAGCAGGCCGAAUCAAAAAUAAAAUGAAACAAACAACAUCCUAAUACAUCAAACAUUCAGAAUUAAAGUUUUAAAACAACACAAUAGUUGACGAAGUCGUUAAAAUAAUCGUAAUGUUCAUAAAACCAAUUGAUAAAUAAAUAUAUACAAAAAAAAAAAAACAAUUUCAAAUUAAAAAAAAAAAACAACAAAAAAUGCGUAUAUAAAGACACCAACAACACACGUACGUAUUUUGUAUUUAUAUGGCGCCUAAAAUGUUUGAAUAUAAAUUGUAUUCUCUAUCUCUAUUCUCUUAGCAUAUACAUAUAUACAAAUGUAAACUUAAUUAUAACAACACAGCAAAUUGCUUUACCUGGUGGUGUAUAAGUUCCUCAAAUACAAAAUUUUAUAAUUAAUUUGUUAUGAUUUGAAUUUAUUUUUCACUGUUGUGUUCGAACUGUUUUUUUUUUAAUUUUAUUUGGGCUCGAAACCUAAUAUUUUAUCUAAUUUGUAUUUAUUUACUUUCUUUAUUUCAAUAAAGUUUUUAUUCAAAUGUAUACACAA